AUAGAACGUCCCCGACCUGAAGCCCAAGACUGUGAGAUCGAGCACCUGUUGGAAGCCCCAAGCAGCUGGACUGUGAUAUUCGACGAUCCGACCGUGAGAAACGAAUUAAGUACUGCAAUGACCACCCCUGAUGUUUCUUUUAAGAUUCAUAUUAGAGUUUUUGUUAAGGACCAACAAACCGAGUCUGCCAAAAUAAGAAGAAUGCAGUUGAAAUGUAUAGAGUUGCUCACUGCACUUACCAAAGAACAAACUGCAGAAGUCUGGAAGAUAAACGACAAAACCAUCAGCAACCGUAUCUUUAAUGAUCCACAAGCCCUGGAAUUAUUUUUAGAGAGAAAAAGCCCGCCCAUUGUGUCUUUAGUAGUCUCAAGUCUGAAAGUGCCCCCAACACAGCCCUGA